AUGCUAACAUCAACACCGGUCAUGUUGGACGAUGACUCCAACAACAUCACCAACAACACCAACAAGCUAUCAUUCACAAAACUGGCAAAGAAACUCGGAAGCCAUAUGAGAAACGCUAGUGCCGCCUCAACAGACUCGUCAACAUCCACUCUCUGGAAACGAGAAAGGUCAAAAUCUGAUAACACUGAUGGAAUACUUACUACUACUGGAUCAAGUAGCAAACCAAACAGGAUAAAAUCAGUAUUUGCUCGCAUGAGAGUUAAAUCUGAGGAUUGGAAUACAAGCAACAGUACUGGUGGUAGUGGUGUGACGGAUGCCGCAGGAUGUGACGAAGAGUUUUCAAUCAUCACGCUAUAUAGUAGUACGAAUAGCGAUCGAAACUCGUAUGUCUUGUCAUCGCCGGAUGUAUGUGAUGCUGCUGCUGUGAUAUCUGACCCAAACGAAGAAGUUGUGCAUAGUUUGGAUGAUCUGGGAGCUAUCCAUAUUGAAUCGCAGCUACAAAAAGAUACUGAUACCCAAACUUAUAAUAAAGACCGCGUCUUCAAAUGUAAACCAAACUCUGAUACGUAUUAUAACCAUGAUGGUGAAGCUGGUGGGAUGCUCAGGUGUACGCCAAAGAUACCCUUCGAUGUCAUGCUGUCAUCGGCCUUUUGGGACAGCAUACUGGUUAUGAGCACUGCUGGAGCUCUUUAUAGUUAUGCUAGCUUCUCUUCAAGCCUACAGGCAAAGUUUGGUUGGAGCGAAACUGAAGUCAAUAUCGUUUCGUUCCUUGGAAAUACUGCUCUGUAUUUAGCCUUCAUAGUAUGUGGCCCGCUAUACGACAAAUUUGGUGCAUCAUGGACAAUGUUUCUAGCAGCAUUACUAUACUCGGGCGGCUUCAUCGGGAUGUGGAACUCGUACACCAAAACGACCGAUGGUUCGGUUUUGGGAUCUGUUGGAGUAGUAGGCUUCUUUUAUUUCCUCGCAGGAUGUGGAUCGUGUGCAGCAUACAUGGCCGUCAUUGGCUUAAAUAUCAAGAACUUCCCAAGUACUUGGACUGGGAAAAUCACUGGGAUACUACUGCUCUUUUACGGUCUCAGUGCUACGUUCGUCGCUCAGGUCUUUUAUCACGGAUUUGUUGAAGGAUCACCUGAUCCUGAUGCAGGCGGCUUCUUAAUGUUUCUGGCUAUAAUGGUGUUGGUUGUUAAUUUGCUCGGCGCAUGCUUUAUGUUUGAUACAUCAAAACCCCCAAUACCAAAGCUUGGAUCAAGCACUGAACUCACUGUCAAACCAACUGAUGCGAAAUCACCACGAAACUUGUCUAAAUCGAAUCAGGCAAGCACUGACGAAAUCAUAUCAUCAAACCAAAUCAACUCGCCCGAAGAAGAAGGAUUCUUUAUUGAGCACAACGACGCUUCAAACUCUCUCAUACCCCAUCCUGCCACGAAAACAAUAACAAUCCAAGACCAGCAUGAAGAGUCCCACAUGACACCAUAUCAAAUCAUAACCUCAAAGGAGUUCAUGUUAUAUCUCUUUGUAUGCGUCUGGCAGCAAGGCAUAACGUACUUUACCAACGUCUCAACAAUCCUCACAUCCGUAUCUCCAACAAUCGAUAAAGACACACUGGCUUCCCAAAUCAGUAUAAACGUGACGCUCUUGUCAGCUGCGAAUUCAAUUGGGAGGAUUGUGAUGGCUGUUGCAUGUGAUGUGGUCAAGCCGUAUGUGGACUCGUCGGCUCUACUUGUGGUUUCGCAGGUCAUGCUGCUUGUCGCUGCUGCUAUUAUAUCGGCUGGUGUGUCGCCAUCGUCGUUGUAUUUCUGCUCGCUGCUGCUGGGUUUUGGAUUUGGAUGCUGUGGAGCGCUGUUUCCACCGCUUGUGAGGGAUUUGUUUGGGAUGAAGAGUUAUGGGUUUGCGUGUGCAGGCCUGAUGGUUCCAGUGCCACUUGGAGUUUUCGUAGCAAACCUCUCAUUCGGUCAACUAUACGAUGUUGAAGCAUCACGUCAAGGAACAACCAUAUGCUACGGCCAUUCAUGCUAUCAGACAUCAUCUCUUCUGUCACUUGCCAUCCAAUUCGUCGUAGUCUGUGUCUCGCUUGGUCUUUUCUGGAGAAGGAGGUCAACAAGUCUUCUUCAAACGUCCAUGAAACGAGGAGGAUCAGUGUAG